UUUUAGCGUCGCAAGUCUGUAGUGACAGAAUGAUGCACGGAUAAUCACAAAACAGAAACAGAGCGAUGCCCUAGAUAGUAGAUAGGUAGAUCAACUACCACAGUAAGGUCAAUCUAUGAUUUCCCACCACCAAAGCAGUUAUUUAUGCUUCAUCUGAAUUUGAUUUCACGCAACUGUUCCUUUUCAGUACGAUGUUUUAGCCACACGGAGUUACUUUGUUUGGCAUGAAGUUAUCCAAGUAAAUUCAUGUUGAGGUGACAGCCUAAUAUGGCCAAACAUGGUUUUCAUCUGACCAUUAAAGUUAACUAGACAUCACGCCAAUCACCAUCACGAUAUGCAGAUCACACAUUAUUAGUGCAGAUACAGUAUCUGUACAAUGAAUGCAGGAUAAAAAGAAGGAAGAGUCAUAGCUUAGAUUUUACAAAGAAAGCUUGCUUUUUUGCUUGGACAUGGAAGAUCACUAUUCUCCUUGUUGGCCUGCUGCUCCUGCAGAGGCAAACUGGGUUCAAACAAGUGCUGCAGUAUAUGAUGAGUCCUUUUUAGUGCCAUGCCCAUCUCAUGCCUCUGCUUCUGCCAACUUUCAAGUUAAUGGAUUCCCUUCGUGGUCUAUACCGAUUCAGGAGGCUUCGGAGAAUAAAGCUGCUUCUAAUUCCAAGAGUCAUAGCCAAGCUGAGAAGCGGCGCCGGGACAGGAUUAAUGCACAGCUGGGAAUUCUUAGGAAACUCAUUCCCAAAUCAGAAAAGAUGGACAAGGCAGCUCUGCUAGGAAGCGCGAUUGAUCAUGUGAAGGAUCUCAAGCAAAAAGCAACGGAAAUCAGCAGAACUUUCACAAUCCCAACUGAAGUUGAUGAAGUAACGGUUGAUUGUGAUGUUUCUCAAGCUACAAACCCUUCUAGCACCAACAAAGACAAGGACAACACGUUCAUCAGGGCUUCUGUUUGCUGCGAUGAUCGGCCAGAACUGUUUUCGGAGCUUAUUCGAGUGCUCAAGGGCCUUAGACUAACCAUUGUUAGAGCCGAUAUUGCCAGUGUAGGUGGAAGGGUUAAAAGCAUACUAGUACUUUGCAACAAGUGCAGUAAAGAGGGAGGUGUUUCAAUCAGCACUAUUAAACAGUCACUUAAUCUUGUUUUGAGUAGAAUUGCUUCAUCAUCAGUGCCAUCAAAUUAUCGUAUUAGAAGCAAGAGGCAGAGGUUCUUUUUGCCUUCUCAUCUGUCACAGCAAUAUACAUAAUCAGAUAUAUUGAAAUUUCUUUUUUUCUAA